CACAAUAUAAAGAUCAAAAUGCCCCUUGGCAAUGAUCUUCUUCUAAGAUAAAAUUGUUCCCAUCUUAGAAUACAUCCCUAGUCAUUUUCUGCAAUAAAAUAGAUACCAUAAUGCCUGAAACUAUGCGAGCAGUUGAUAUCAAAGAUGGCAAAGGGCAUGCCGAUGCUCUUUUCAUAAAUGAUUUGACUCCCAAGCCUACCGCUCAAUCGGGCGAAGCUAUCGUCAAAGUCAAAGCUUUCGGUCUUAACCGUAUGGAUCUUCUCCAACGUGAAGGCCUCUAUCCUGUUCCACCACAAGCUCCCAAAACUCUUGGUGUGGAAUUUUCUGGUACGAUUGAAAGUUUAGGCACAGAUAUUAAGGAGGGAUUUAAUGUCGGAGAUGAGGUUUUUGGUUUGGCGUAUGGAGGUGCAUAUGCGGAGUACCUCGCUGUGAACACGCAUAUGCUUCUAAAGAAGCCGGAUCAUUUGAGUUGGGAAGAGGCGGCUGGUAUUCCUGAGACAUGGAUCACAGCUACUCAAGCUAUGUAUCUCGUCGGCGAAUUUUCCCAAGGAAAAUCCAUUCUCUGGCACGCAGGCGCAUCAUCCGUCUCCAUCGCCGGUAUUCAACUCGCCAAGAACUCCGGUGCAUCAGCUAUCUAUGUGACAGCUGGGUCACAAGAAAAGAUCGAUUUCUGCGUUAACACAUUAGGAGCAACAGCAGGCUUCAACUACAAAACACAAGAUUGGGCGAAGGAGAUUACCGCUGCUACAGAUGGCAAGGGUGUUGAUAUUAUUGUUGAUUUUGUAGGAGCGAACUAUUUCCAGGGAGAUCUAGAUGUAGCAGCAAAAGAUGCAAGAGUGGUGCUUUUGGGAGUAAUGAGUGGGACGAAAUUACCAAGUGGUGUUGAUAUGGGUGCAUUUAUUUUUAAGAGAGUUAGAUUUGAAGGAAGUACGUUGAGGAGUAGAGAUGUGGAUUAUCAGGGUAAAUUGAGAGAUAAGUUGGAAGAAUACCUUCCUAAAUUUGAGGAUGGUACGUUCAAGAUUUUUGUGGAUAAGGUUUUCCCGUGGGAAAAGGUGGUUGAGGCCCAUAAGGAAAUGGAGAAGAACACCAGUAAGGGGAAGAUCAUCUGUACAAUUUCUUAGGGGGACUGAAAUGCAGUGUAUACUAGCGCUCAACUUGUAGAUUCAUCUGAUUAUAAACACAAGAGGCAUCUUUUGCACCAGUAUACCGUUCCUUUUCUCAAAAAAUCAACACAUAUAAUCACAAAUCACAAAACUAAGCUUUCUUCCGUUUACUCGCAGUUCACAUCACAUUCCCGACUCCCAAAACCUCAGACCCUAAUAUUUACCCCAUCCCCACAACAUCAUAAUCACCCCUCCCCCAUCUAUAACAAUACUCGCGCAUAACGCAGGCCCAAAAGCCACAGUCCCGAAAUACAACCAUUCCAAUCCCCAAAAGCCUGCUAUUACCAUAUAAGCCCAUAGGGUAAGGAAAUAUAGUUCAGGAGAGGAAAGAUUAUAAGCGGUUAUCAAACGGAGCAUACCGCUCACAAGAGUGUAGCAGCCGAAGGUACGGGCAAAGAGGGCACUUGCUUGAUGGGGAGAUGGAGAGGAGGUUUUAGAGGAGGUGGAAGUGGAAGAGGUGAUGGUGGAAUGUGGACCGAAAAAAAGGGUUUGGGUGGCCGAGAGGGAAAGAAAACAUUGGGCGGAGUUGUAGAAACUGAUGAUGGCGUUCUGUGGAGCAGCCAGUAUGGCAAGAUGCCUUGACCUUGUGGAAGAUAGAAAGCCAUAAUAUUUUUCAGUGUGAUAUUAUAGACAGACCGAUUGGGUCUGCUUACUCGGUUUCGUAGUGCGAACUGUAGCAGUAAGUGCGUUGAUGGGACAAAAGACACGGCAUAUGAUGAGUUCAUAUAUAUAUAUAUAUCCAGAGGGGUACUGUGUUUUCGUUGUUGCAACAGCCAGCUGGUCUCACUCGCGAACAGUAAUAACCUUACGAGGGUUGCUCUUGCCGGGUAAGCUCAACAUCAUACUUGGAUUCUGUGGGGUUCAAAGAAACUACGUAACUCAAAUAUGAUUUAGCCGUUAUAGAGAAAGACUUUGUAACCACGUUUG